CAUACGCCCACUCACACCAUAACAUUUCCUGUCCUCUGUAAAUUUCACCUUUUAUCCUGUUUCUCAUCUUUUCGCUAGGGUUUUUGUUCUUUCGUAGGCAAAGCGGCAGCAGAGACUUCUUCGAGUCGAAAAUGGUGAAAGGUCGCCAAGGAGAGCGCGUCAGGCUCUACGUUCGUGGAACCAUUCUGGGCUACAAGAGGUCGAAGUCGAACCAGUAUCCGAAAACAUCCCUGAUUCAGAUCGAAGGAGUGAACACGAAGGAGGAAGUAGGAUGGUACUGUGGGAAGCGGAUGGCAUAUAUUUACAAGGCGAAAGUGAAGAAGAAUGGGUCUCAUUAUCGUUGCAUUUGGGGUAAAGUAGCAAGGCCUCAUGGAAACAGUGGCAUUGUUCGUGCUAAGUUCAAGUCUAACCUCCCUCCCAAAUCUAUGGGUGAUAAAGUGAGAGUUUUCAUGUAUCCCAGCAACAUUUGAGUGGGACGGUGUAGAUGCUUGAUAGGCAUUGCAAGUGGAUAGGUUGAGCCAUUGGUGCCACGACG